UCUAACUCUAGUCUGUUAAUAGAAGUCUUGAUGAAGAACAGUAUUCCAAUGUCUGUAAAUACCCUCACUGGUGAACAAGAAGACCUGGCUUUGAAAACCAGGAGAUUCACCAAGAAGAAGCAAACACCUGAUCAAACUAAAGAAGUCAUUCUUAGUGUUCAGCCCCGAUCUGAGAAGCAACAACCACAGUUAAAGAAAACACCUAAGGUUAAACUCAGUAAAUCUGGUAAAGGAAAGCCUAUCCAAGCGAAGAAAUAGAAAGAAAAGUGUAGCUAGGAAAGCAGAAAAGAAGAUAACUAUUGCCUCACCUGAAAAGAGACAGAAAAUUUCUGAUAAGUCCCAAGGAAAUAGCAGUGAAAAGGCUAUUAAAAAGCCAAAAGUAGCCAAUAGGAACUCUGCGGUUAAGAAAAAGGCGAAACCGGCAAAGUCUUCAGUCUCAGGAAACCUUAGAAGCAGCAAAGCUGCUUCUAAGAAGAAGGAGAGCACAACUUUGAGUACAAUUGAUGCCAAUAUUUUCAACUCGAGUGGUCAGAGUAGACCUCCUAAUCUUAAAGACAAGGUGAAGAAAUGGGCACCCAAGAAUCCCUACUAUGGGAUUAUAGACACUCUUCCGAAGGAAAUACAGGGGAAGAUCGACUGGAAGAAGGAAAACCUUGAAGAAAUGUUCGAAACACUCACUCCUCCAAACGAGUAUAAACCUGGGUUAGUGUUGAAAUGGCUUAAGAGAGUCUCAGAGAAUGAGAUCAAGAAUAUCCAUUCAGAAAUGGUCAGCAUCAGAGUCAGCGAAAGAUCGCUCAGAAGACAACUUUUCGAGUCACUAGAGAAUUGAGAACCCCUAACAUUUUCAAAUCACAGUCAGAAAUCAGAGGACAGUGAUAGAAAUAUAGAGAGAAAGAAGCUUGAAACUCCUGUAAAAACGAAAAACUCCAACAAGAUCAUUAACUUCAAUGGUAUGAGUGGGGAGAAUAAUUCUGCGUGCUCAAAGACCUCUUCCAACACGAAAGCUAGUCCUAAUAUGGUGAGGAUCACUUCAAAGGAGCAAAAUCAAAAUUUGAAACGCAGGGAUUGCUUCCAGAAUUACAUGAACAAGAUUCCUUCAAUUGUAUCUAUCGAUCCAGGCAAAACCAUCAUUCUGAAAUUUAAAGCUUCCAAAGGUUCUAAAAAGCAGCCAAAAAUAGAAGUUAAGUGAAAGAAGAAUAUAUUCAACAGAGAAAAGCAAACAGAGAUUUUCAUAGAAAAUUUGGAUGAAAAAGGCACAAAAAAGGAGAAAGAUAUGAAGGAGAAGAGUGAGGUACAGAUUAAGCAGCCUCUUUAUUAUAACCCUGAAGUGUUCCAAUCUAUUGGUGAAGAACCUCCCCAAGAAUACAUUCAGUUCAAUUGGAACAUGGACUCGAUGAACCAAGAGGCAAACCCUCCUAGUAAUUACUUAAAACCAGAAGUACAGAGCAAGUUUAUGAAUCUGGAACAAUCUAACAUCUCACAGAUCAUGGAAUCUGCUGAAGGAUGUGGAGAUUUUGAUAUGAGCAAACCUCUGCUUUCAAUCACAAACGAGCAAGCUAAGAAUUACCAAAUGGGAGGAACUUCAAUUCUCAACCAAUUCUGCAAUAACCCUGCGACCCCGAUCUUCAGUAUCAACGAAGACAUUGGGGAUAACAUAAGACCCAAUAUUUUAGAGAGUGUGAUCAGCCAGGAUCACCUGGCUGAUCAACCGGCUAAUAUUCCGCACUUUAUGAUCACCCAGAAUGACGACAUAAUGAUGCAUCAGGAGUUUUAGACCCUCGUACACAUAUCCGACACAGAGGGUACUAUUGGGCAUAGUUUU